AAUAUACACAAAUACAUAAAUAUAAUUCAACUAGUACAACAUGCUUCCACUCGCACUCUUACAUACAGCAGCUGGUCACCCCAUGCUUGUAGAACUAAAAAGUGGUGAGACCUUUAACGGCCACUUGGUUAACUGUGAUAAUUGGAUGAAUUUGACUUUACGUGAAGUGAUUCAAACAUCACCAGAUGGUGACAAAUUUUGGAGAUUACCUGAAUGCUAUAUUAGAGGCAAUACUAUAAAAUAUUUAAACGUUCCAGAAGAGAUUGUUGAUAUGGUAAAAGAAGAAGAGAGCAAACAAAGACAAAUGGCCAAUAGAGGUGGACGUGGUGGUAGUGGAAGAGGACAUUAUAAUAAUAGAGGUGGUAAUCGUGGACGUGGACAAAAUCGUGGUGGCAGUGCUAACAGUGGACGUGUGCAACAACAAUAA